AUGACGGUGCAAAGGCCAGGAUCUCCAUGUCAGUAUUCUCAACAAUGCAGUGGCGCAGAGCCUGGUGCAUUCUGUGUAAAUCUGCACUGCCACUGCGUUUAUGGAAUGGUUGCUACGGAUGACGGAAAAUGCACUUUCGUGAAUACACACUGUACGCAGAGAGGAACGAUAUGGGUUAGCGAGCUCGGCCAGUGCCUUCCAGUAAUCGCCCCCGGAAACAGCAUAUGCACCCAUGAUCAGCAGUGCACUGCAGCUCACGCGGAAUCGCGCUGUUUUUUAACUCAGUGCACCUGUCCUUCAAAUAGUCCUGUUGCCGUGGACGGAGUAUGCGGUUUCGAGUGUAGUUCCGGAGAAACGUUUUCAGGAGUGUUGAACAAGUGCAUCAAGACACAACCCGGGGAUCAAUGUCAGUACUCAAGUCAGUGCAGUGCCAUAUACCAUGGACUGAUCUGUGAUCGCGGUUCUUGUCGGUGCCCCAGUGGCCAGUACUGGAACGGGUCGGGUUGCUCCGUGCAUUGUCCUGCAGGACAGCGACGGUGUCAUUCGACGGGCAUGUGCAAAACAGCUUGCCUUAGUUCUCAGGUUGAGCACGAUGGAAGCUGCUACGAACCAGCAAAUGUGGGCGACCGUUGCGGUGAAAUGUCGUGGUGCGCCGGUGGAUCAUCAUGCGUUCAGGGAGUUUGUCGCUGUCCUCUUGGUUCUACGCAAAGAGGCAACACGUGCGUAAAUGGUAUUGCUGUGAAACCCGGAGGUUCUUGCGCAAACGGUGAAGAAUGUUCUGAUGGAUCUGUGUGUGAAAACAAUGUCUGCACAUGUCCGAGAAGCACAAUCCUUUUCAAGGAACGCUGUGUUGUUCCCAAGAGUGUACCCCCUGGUGCGAGCUGUCACAGCUAUGUGAGAUGUAGUGGUGGCUCCGUGUGCAUCAACGGAGUUUGUUUAUGCCCUAGACGUUCCAGCUUGAGAAAUGAUAGAUGUGUUUACAAAAGGGAAGGUAAAUAUAUUUUAACUGUAAUGCCUCCUUUCUCGUUGUGUACAGAUGUGGACGUCUGUACUGGCGGAUCGUUUUGCCAGGAUUCGAGGUGCAAAUGUCCAGAAGGCUAUGCGGUGCAAAAUUCGAAGUGCGUCAAGAAACAAGCAAAACCUGGUGACUCAUGUACAGCACAUGAGAGCUGUGUUGGAGGAUCGACGUGCGUAAAUGGGAUAUGUGCCUGUUCCCGCGGCUACAAAAUAAGGGACGGAGUCUGCACUUCUGUAGUGAUAGGUGCGUACAUAUAUCAUUCAGCUUCGUUAAUUGCACUAAUUCAUCGCCACACCACCAAAUUUUCGCCUUACGUCAGAUUUUUGAGAAAUUAUGGGAGGUCGCUUAUCCUGUUUCCUGUGAUGGGAUCCUGCGCAACAAACUAUAGGCAUGCCUGCGAGCAUAUGGGAUUGAUGAUCAGUUGCUAUGGGCCAUCCAUUCACUACAUGCUGAUAGCAGGUUCUGGGUCAGAGUAA